AUGCACGCUCUGCUACCGCUCACCGUCCUGCUGAGCAGCCUCGCCACCAGGGCUGCUGCUGCUACCUCCUUCAUCACCCCUGGAGGUUCUGGUACUUCGGGAUGGAAGAACAACCCUUCGUACGAUGUCGACGAGAGCAUGAAUGUAGAGUGGCAAACAGACCUCGACGAGACGAACCUUCUUCUCUGGCAGGAUUACCCUUCUGCUGGCGGUGGCACCCAGUUCUUUAUGAGUCUGAAAGAAAACUCAACAUCGACCAGCUUCAUAUGGCAAGUCGGCUUCAACGGCUUCUCUACUGAAGUAAAAGACGGCGAAGAUGCCGUCUUCCACUUCUCCCUCUUCAAGUCCGGCACCAACGACAUCUACGCCAACAGCCAAGCCUUCAACGUCACAGUUCCUAAAGAUGCAACAACGAGCGCAGCCUCUUCCACCGUAGAGCCUAGCCCUACGCCUACCCGCGACGCCACCGAAACCACAACGGACGCCGCCGCCGAGUCCAUAACAGAAUCUGCUUCUGGCUCGGAGGACAAGGGUCUUUCUACCGGAGCUGUCGCCGGUAUCGCCGUCGGCGCCACGCUUGGAGGUGUUGCUGUCCUCGCUGGCGUCGGCUUCCUUCUCUGGAAACACCUUCGCAAGGGUUCUGGUGCUGGGGCUGGAGGAUAUGCGCCUCCCAGCGACAUGUCUACUGGACCUCAACAUCAGCCCGCGCAGGAAUACUACAAGGCUCCUGAUCAGCAGGCGCCAGCUGAGAUGGCUGGCCAGCCAUGGAUGCAUCCCCCUCAGCAAGGUUACAACCAAGGACCUGGUGGUCUCCAUGAGGCGCCUUGA